CAACUAGAUUCGAUUAGUUGCAGUUUUUAUGGAUGCGGGCAGUUAAGGACUCGGGACCGGGACACAUGAAUGCACACGGGAUGAACGUGGAGCAGCUGAGCAGGCCAGAGCUGCUGAUGCUCCUGAGCAUGCUGGAAGGGGAGCUGGAGGCACGGGACCAGGUGAUCGAGGUGCUCAAGGCCCAACGACGAGAUGCCUUUGUGCAGGAACGCUACAGCUUGUACCGCUCGAAUGACCCCUUCCUGGCCCUCCAGAGGGAUUGCGAGGUGGUACCGGGGCCACUUCCAGAGGACAGGGCUCCACUUGGCCCAGCUCCUCAGCCCAGUCCCUUGACUGUGCUCCAGCUGGUGGUAACCCACUGCAAAAGGAUGCAGCAGAAGAUGCUGGCUCAGCUGGCAGCAGCAGAGCACCGGCACAGGAAGGUCAUUGCUGAUCUAGAGGAAGAAAAGCGUAGGCAUGCCCAAGAUACCGCGGAAGGGGAUGAUGUCACCUACAUGCUUGAGAAGGACAGAGAGCGGCUCUUGCAGCAGCUGGAUUUCGAGAAAACCCAGUUACGCCGUCUGGAGAAGGAGCAGAGGAGACUCCUGGCCCAGGUAGAGGAGGAGCGAGUCCAGCACCGGCAAAUCUCGGCCUCCCUCGUGAAAGAGUGCCAGAGGGCCAGUGCCCGGAGCGCGGAGCUGAGCCGAAAACUGGACGAGGAGCGAGUGCUGACCCAGGGUCUGCUGGUGGGGCUGGAGGAGGAACGAGAGCGAAUGAGAUUAGAGCUGGAGGCGGAACGCGAGCAUCUGGGGGCGGAGAAUAAGAGGCUGAGGGCGGAGCUGGGGGCGGAGUGCCAGCAGCUGAAGACACAGCUGAGGCAGGGGGAGGAACACAAUCAGAUGCUGCAGACUGAGCUGGAAAGACUGGAGCUAGGGAGGUCAGUGAGGGACAGAGACUCCGUCACGGUGGUUAGCAUGACAUCUGUCGCCAGCCAGACAGAGGUGGGUGACAAUCAACCUCCUGAAGUAUCUCUGCAACCCAAACUGAAUGGACACCACCCUCAGGAGGCAGACUUCCUCACCGAGGAGUGCGGCCAGGAGAAUGGCCACGAUAACAGGGUCGCUUACUCUCCAACCUCCUUCCAUCAGGGUUUGGACUCAAGCAGCGCUGCUACCUCUCCCUGCUCCUCACCACUCCUGGUCAAACGCCAGACCUCUCUCUGUGGUUCCCCUGGGUACCAGUCCUCAUAUCAGGCCAGCAUCACCCAGCGCUUCCAGGCUGCCCGACACAAGUUCCAGGGUCCCCAGGAGCAGGAGUCCCAGGGGGGCAGCAUGGCGCGCUCGCCCCGGGACCUCUCCCCCGUAUCCACACCGACUGAACCCGGCUCUGUUAAGCAGAUGGCCCGUCAUACCGUCACCCAGGUGCUGUCACGCUUCACCUGCCAGCAGGGCAGCGCUAAACCCCCUGCCCCCUUCGGCACGGACUACCGCACCCUGGCUCAGGCGUCCCUAGUCACAGGCAAGUCCUCUAAUGCCCAGUGCAUGGGUGUCAAAUCCCCGAAACUUCCCCGCACAGAACGGGGCAACCCACCCCCCAUCCCCCCGAAGAAGCCUGGCCUAGCCCAGUCUCCAGCUUCACCCAGCCCCACUGCGCGGGCCAGCCACUUCCCUGAGCUCUCCAUCAUCUGUGGCUUCAGCAGCACCCAGGAAGACAACAAAGAGCGAGAUCUUGUUAUGUCCUCACCCAGCUAACCUACACUCUAGGCUUCUCACACCACCCUUGAGAUACCUUUAUUAAAUAGAAAAUUAUACGCAUAUUUAAUAGAUUUUAUCCUUAUCAUUGCAGUCCCAGGUAUAUUUCAGAGUAGGUUCUAAUCAGUACCUGGAAUUUAUGCAGUAGUUCCAGAUCAAUCAGCUGCUGAAGGAAAUAAAGAAUAAAAGCCCUAUUUGUUAGUUACUGUUAGCUUACGCUUGACAGACAGUAACACAUUCACCAAGCUACUGCUCAUAUAAUUAUUUCAGCUCAAAGCCAGACAAGAUGCAUAUAUUCCUGCAGAAUGGUAUUCAAGAAAGCCAUUACACAACGAUUGAUUGGAUAAAAGUGCAAGCUUUCAUUUCAGUGCAGCCAGAGGCAGAACUCAGUCUGAAUAGUAGGGUAAGGAGAGGAGAGCUGAAGCUACUUAAUGUAACGUGAGCCGAUUUUAGUGGGCAGAUGAGCUUAACUGCGCUAGUCUGCAGAAUGGUGCCUGGUCCAGCUCAAACCAGAAGAUCACUGGAAGAAUCAUCUGGUAUGCCUUCAUCUUUAGUCUAGGUACUGACUUCCUUGAGAUAAGUAGCCUCAAGGGGAAGAACAGGUUAACGACAUGCCAUUGUUUAGGCUCCUAUGUGUGGUGAUAAUUGAGGAUCAUUUUUGGUGAGCAGUCUGUCCCAGCUCAUAUGACAGGGUGUCAGAAAGGGGGAAGGUUGUAUGAUCAAGCCAACAGAACAAAGAAGGGAGUGUCCUCCAUUGGUGUUGAGUCUUACUGUAUCACCCAUUCUAAGUGCAAUUAUUUUAUCCAUCUUUAAGUAAUUUCCAAGGCGUAGGUGUAUUAUUAUUAGGUGCCAGGGCAAUGUAUAUUAAACAAAAUUAUAUUCUGGAAUAUUCCAUUUGCUUUAGCAGCUCCAUAUUAAGAAUCUUAACAGUUAGGACCAUGGCACUUUAAUAAAAAUGUAUGUAUGGAUAUUGAAAUUUCUGUACAAAAGGUAUUUACUAGGUAGUACACUGAUUUUAUAAAGCACAGUUGUUUGCAUAUACAUUUUGUUUUAUAAUAUAUAGCAAAUUUAUAUUCAUACAUAAUAUGUUAUUUGAUAUGUAAAUUAACAAAGCAUGUGUGUCAAUCACAGACCUUAUAUAUUUUAUUUUUUUCACUAAGGUCACCAUAGACAUUUUCAUUUGGCAGCUACUGUAUGAUUUAACAGUUUUGACCUGUAAACCAGUUUGUCUUUGGUUUUUGAACCUCCCUUCAGGGAGCCCUGACUAGCUUUGCUUGCAGUGUGGAACCGCAGUGAACGGGGCCUCUGGCACUGAAGUGUAGAAUAGCCAGGAGUCUGCAAGGAGAGGUUUCAGCACCACUGGGCUUAUGUCAUAUGGUGCUCCUCAUGUCCCUUGACAAACAACAUGACCAUUUGUCUUUACUAUGUAUUCAAAAGUAUUUUUGCUUGCUAAGUUGCAUUUCAAAAUGUAUUUAUUUUCAAAGAUUAUUUACAAUGGCUUAAAUUGUGUUUAUGAAAGGGACAUAUGAUUGUGUUUUAGAUAUCUGAAUUUAUGUAGAUGCAUCAUUAAACUACUUUAACAUGUAUACAGAUAUGUCUAUUUAGAUGCAUUUUGUUGCAUCCAAAGAACAGCACGUUAUUUCAAGGGGCUAUUGCAGUAUUCUGCAGAUAUACAUCCAGGGCUCCAUCUCUUCAUGUCCAAAUCACUCCUUUGUCAGCUUUGCCUCCUUCAACAUUACCCUUUUUUUGUUCCAAAUUUUUGUGAAUGAUUCAGAAACGUGAACCUUUUUUUCCCAAAAUUUAAUAAACAAUUCUAAGUGAACCGUUUAAUAAAAGGCAAAUGUUAAGCUACAAAUCAUGUUUUUCAUCAGCUUUAAUGUUAAAUUUCAUUAGUAUCUCUAGCCAGGCCUUCGUUUCUCAAAGAGGAUGAAAUAUUCUUACGUUACGCCUUCGUUACGUUUCGUUUUCUUUCCCGUGAUGUUGUAUUUUCACUUAUUUCAUACUGCUGCCAAAACUUCAGCUACUAGCUAUAACCUGCAAGGCGUGGAACAAACAAUUUAACCACACAAUGUGUACAACACCUAUAUGACAUUAAAAUAUCUUUCAGAUUU